GGUUCUUGUAAACAUUGCUGAAAGCCAUUUGAUUCGCCGAUACUUUAGAAAAGCGGGCUUUUGUAAAGCAAAUUUGCCUCUUUCUUAAACAUCACUAACCUAAACCUUCCCCUUUUCCUCCUCCUCGUCCCCAUUUUGAAUUUUCCUGGAGCUUUUUUUUUGGUCAACUGAUGUAAGGAGGUGAAUUGGUAAAGGAAAAGAAGAAAAAUGACCUGUAUCUCUCUCAAUAUAGGAGCUACUGCUUUAAAGUUUGGAAGAAAUUGCCAAAACCAUUCAACGAGGUUGUUCUCAGCAAACCAACAGAGUUGUUUCAAAUUCAGUUCCGCCAAUUGGAAUUGUUCCAAUUUUCCAGUUCGUCCUACUUCUUGCCGUGGUUUUAAUACUUACAAAUCUUUCGCCACUGUUUUCAAUAGCCUUUAUGUGGAUAAUAUCAACCCGGACGAAAGGGUGGUUGUCUUGGUAAUUGGAGGAGGAGGGAGAGAGCAUGCACUCUGUCAUACUCUGAGGCGAUCCCCUUCUUGUGAUGCUAUUUUCUGUGCACCUGGUAAUGCGGGAAUUUCCAGCUCAGGAGAUGCAACUUGCAUAGAUGACCUCGAUGUUUUAGAUAGUUCAGCUGUGAUCGCUUUCUGUCGUAAAUGGGGAGUUGGGCUGGUUGUUGUGGGACCAGAGGCUCCGCUUGUUGCAGGUCUUGCUAAUGACCUUGUUAAAGAAGGAAUUCCUACCUUUGGCCCCUCUUCAGAAGCAGCUGCUUUAGAAGGUUCUAAGAACUUCAUGAAGAGCUUAUGUGAUAAAUAUCGAAUUCCAACUGCAAAGUAUCAAGCAUUUACAGACCCAUCCGCUGCAAAAGAGUACAUCAAACAGGAAGGCGCCCCCAUUGUUGUUAAAGCGGAUGGAUUGGCUGCCGGUAAAGGAGUUAUUGUUGCCAUGUCAUUGGAGCAAGCAUACGAGGCUGUUGAUUCUAUGCUUGUAGAAAAUGUUUUUGGUUCUGCUGGUUCUCGUGUCAUUGUAGAAGAAUAUCUGGAAGGAGAGGAAGCAUCAUUUUUUGCCUUGGUAGAUGGUGAGCAUGCCAUACCUCUAGAAUCUGCACAAGACCACAAACGAGUUGGGGAUGGUGAUACAGGACCAAAUACUGGUGGGAUGGGGGCAUAUUCACCUGCUCCUGUCUUGACAAAAGAACUGCAAUCAGUAGUCAUGGAGUCUAUAAUUCUUCCUACAGUGAAGGGAAUGGCUGAAGAAGGCUGCAAGUUUGUUGGGGUUCUGUAUGCAGGGCUCAUGAUAGAGAAGAAAUCUGGUUUACCAAAGUUAAUUGAGUACAACGUGCGCUUCGGAGAUCCAGAAUGCCAGGUGUUGAUGGUCCGGUUAGAGUCUGAUUUGGUCAAAGUUCUGCUGGCAGCUUGUCAUGGGGAGCUACGUGGGGUGUCUUUGGACUGGUCCCCUGGGUCAGCCAUGGUGGUUGUAAUGGCAAGUAAAGGCUAUCCCGGCAGCUACCAGAAAGGAACGAUCAUUCGUAAACUUGAGGAAGCAGAGCAGGUUUCUCCGUCAGUCAAAGUAUUCCACGCUGGGACUGCUUUUGAUGCGGAUGGAAAUUUCAUAGCUACUGGGGGACGUGUCCUUGGAGUCACAGCGACAGGGGAGGAUCUUGAAAAGGCCCGGGAUAGAGCCUACCAAGCCGUUGAACAAAUUAGCUGGCCUGGAGGUUUUUAUAGACGAGAUAUUGGUUGGAGAGCACUACCUCAUAAACAAUAUUCUUAGGGAUGAACUCCUACAAUUGUACGUUACAUAUGGAGGGAGCAUAAUAACAUUUUUGGAGUGUGAUAUGGAUAUCAGCUUGUUGAUCGUAUCAGACAACUCAUCUGGUGUGGUGUUUGAUGUGACUGAAGUAUGAUAAUGGAGGCAUCCAAUGUUAGACGAAAUGAAAGGAUCCGGGAAUAGAUAGAAAGCCUUGAAUUAAGAAUAGAACACUUCAACCAUAAGAAGUGUUUUUGUGCUUAUAAUGGGCCUCAUUGUUUCUGGUUAAAAGGCUCCAUAAUCAUGAUUGUAUAAUAAGUGUUUAUUUUUUCCCUGGAAUGAGUAUGACUAGCUGCAAUGUGCUAUAUGCACGUCUGAUUUUGUAACUUAUUAAUUUAUUUGGGUCACUGUACUUGGGUAAAUCCAGACACGCAUCAGCUGAAGCUUUUGUGAUUUUGGAAGUGCAAAAGUUUUGGUAAUUUCUCUCUGCAAA